AUGGAGGCAGUGUCGAUUCCUUUUCUACUGGGUGGGCUUAUUGAUUGUUUAGCCCAGCUAAUAAGAAUCUCUGAAGAGCUUUUACAGGCCAUGUUACAAGAAGUUCCUGUCAUGGAACAAAAUGAUAUAGAUAUAGAUGCAGAUGCCCCAGAUGCAGAUGCCCCAGAUGCAGAUGCCCCAGAUGCAGAUGCCCCAGAUAUAGAUGCUUCUGAUAUCAUAUCACUGCCAGAUAUUUCUGAGAUCUCAGAUUUUGAGUCAAUACUUACUGCAGAAGAUGAUGAGCUAAUCCUUGAGAUAGAAUCUUCUAUGAUCUAUGGAGAGGAUGACAUCUGUGACAACGAGCUCAUUGAUGUGGACAGUGACAUUCGAGGGGCUUCAAGAAGUGACUAA